AGCUUAAAGGAUAUGACAGCAUUUAGCAAAGAGCAUAGUGUCAGUUAUAAAUAGCAUGGAGAUGACAGGGCUGGAUCUAGCCUGGCUGAUGUGGGGGUGCAGUAAAAUAUGUCAGGGGGGCAGAAGAUGGGCGGUCAGCAGAGCAGUGUACAAGGGGUCAGCAGGGCAAAGGAUAGGGUCAUCAUUAUCUAGGGCAGUCUACAGAGGGCCAUUUGUAGGAGCUGAGGACAGGGGUCACUGCUGGCAAGGCAGAGGACAAGAGUAACUACUGGCUGGGCAGAGGACAGGGGUCACUGCUGGCAGGACAGAAGACAGGGGUCACUGCUGGCAGGGCAGAAGACAGGGGUCACUGCUGGCAGGGCAGAAGACAGGGGUCACUGCUGGCAGGGCAGAAGACAGGGGUCACUGCUGGCAGGGCAGAAGACAGGGGUCAUUGCUGGCAGGGCAGAAGACAGGGGUCACUGCU